AGGAGCAGAAACCUUCGUUUCACAAUCUCACUACUCGUGUUGUUCAGUCCACCAUGGAUGCUUCUAGACAUUAUGGCUAAUAAUCGAAAUCAUUAUGACGGAAAGUAAUGGGAUUUCUUUUUUUUUUUUACUUCCGGAACCAUGCAACCAACCACCCGGAACCAAAUCGCUGUAACAGACCGGAAGUUGAAUGUAACGGACGCGAUCAAGAAACGGAAGUCCCAGAAGAAAAAGGUCGAGUGAGACAUGUUGACGGUGCGAGUCAAACGGGGGUUUAUCUAGUCGACGGUUGGCCCCCGCGUUGUUAUAGGCAACGUCUCUGCGUAGCUAACGGGAGUAACACGCGCACGUGACGGGAAUUGUUGUGUCUCGAGACUCACCAAAGCUGCUGUUGGAUGGGAAGGCAGCUUCAAGUGGUUUCACGAUGUUUCCCGCUACGAAAAACAUGGAGUCUGUUCACAGUGGGACCGGUGUCUUCUACCAGGCGAUACCGGCGGUCGGAGCCGACGGAAAGAACAUCAUGAAACUGAUUCCUGUACAAAUGGUCAACGGGCAGUUUUUCCAUUCUCAAAUAAGUAAGACGGGUCAGACGCAACAGAAAGCCGUCGACAUGAACUUCGCCCCGGCACCCGUUCAGACGGUGCAGAAGGCAGCGCCGAGUCCUCCUGCCGCUCAGCAAGUUGUCAGGAAGCAGGUUUCGAUCAUUAACGUCUUCCCUAAUCAAGUGGGUCUGGAUCUCGGUAGUUCACCAAACAAGCCUCCACCGCAGCGACAGAAUGGGAAGUUAAUCGCCGUCGUACCUCAGAUGGAAACACCUGCAGCAAACAGGGAGAAGUCAGGAGGACUUCCAGGUCCGCUGCCAGUCACAGUGAAAGCUCCAGCCAUGCCCAGAGGACGGUACCUUCAGGUUCUACCUAAUGCACAAGUCCCAACACUCCCGGCAGUCCCUGCAGUCCCGGCAGUCCCAACAGUCCCAGCAUCUGAACUACCUCCUCGUGUCAAGAGACCUAUUGUUCCUUCGCCAGCCGACCCCUCUCAGAGUUCAGGCUCAGCCGGUGUGGUCUACACGUCACCGCCCGUCACAACUGCCAGUCCACAGAGUGUUUCUGCACUCGACACGCUCAAGUUCCUCUGCAAUAUGUCAAAUGCUACUUCAUGUGGAUUCCCAUCAAAAGGUCAAAAGCCACAUUUAAAAUUAAUUCCAAAGGUUUCACACAGGCCCAACAGCCCCAUUAAGUGGGUAAUCGAAGAAGAGGACAGCUUCACGGCUCCGGGGGUUGAUCCUGUUAUUUCUUCCGUCAGUCCAGAUAUUGUUUCAGUUGUUGGGAAAACGGGAAAAAGGGACUCGCCCACAGCAGCGGGAAGAAGUAGUGAAUUCAACAAAACCACCGUGCCUUCAUCCCAACAAUCACUUGAGUCGGUUUCACCUCAGAAAAGGCCGGGCGUGCGGAUAAUGAUCCCGAAAGGGUCGCAUGAAGUUAUUGAUCUCUGUGACGACGACGCUCACAGUGAUUCGUCUCAGACAGCGGCGUCUGUUCACACGUCAGCGGCCACUCAUCCGGAAGAAGACAAUGUGAUAUUUGUGUCGUAUAUCCCCCCCAGGACCGACUCUGAGUCCACACGAGAUUUGAGACAAAAAACACAAAUGGUACCUGUGAAGGAAACAGACAAGACGGGUACGAGCGGCUCGAACAGUGGGACAGAACAGAAGAGCCCAGAUGGUACAACUGGCACGCUUAUAAGAAGAAAACCUGUCCACAGCAUGUCCGUCAACACCGUUAAAAACGCUCCGCGUGUUUGUGGUUCGGCAGCAACGAGCACGCAGAAUAACGAGGGUCCCAACAUUAGCAGUCGGCGGAGCACCGCCACCCAACAAUCGAAGGGCGUGGAAGUUAAUGUAGAAAGAAAAAGUCCAGCAAAUCCCAACAACUCUGACAGCAGCACAGAAGCGAUGGACACCCCCAAUAUGAAGAGCUCUGCCAAUCCCGCCACCAGCUGGACGUCUUCGCCGGCACCAGAAUCCCAGCAAAUGGACGAUAAUCUGCUGCGACAGAUGUUUGGGAUAAUGGCGGAUGUGAGAGUUUGCUUGCAGAGGAUUGACGGUGCCCCAGUUGGGUCUGGUCCUUCUUUCAAGGACCUUAAGGGUCCACAUGAAAGCUACGGGUGUGCAAAAGUAAAAACUGAACAGGAACUGUUAGAAGGCUCUGCCCCUCCGAGUGCUCACACCCACACCGAACCCCUCAAAUGUUCACACUUCAAGCUGGACACGAGACCUCUUCCUGUUGUGAAGAACAAACGCGAACCGGGGGACCCGCGAGAUCUCGAAACCGAGCCGGCGUUUGGCUACGUGGAACCCAUAGAAGAGGAUUUCCUCGGCACGGAUGAAAAGGACAAUCCGAAUGCGCAGGACGCAGCCGGCCGGACUCAGACUCAGACGUGUGCGUAUCUGAACGCAAACACAAGGAGAAUGGGACGGACGAGGAAGCGCACAAUGUGUCCCUGUUGCGUCCCCGGUGCUCAAGACCCAAAGUGGGAGGAGCCUGGCGACUGGGCGUGGGCGACCGAGCAGACAAGUAAAAAAGGGAGGAGAACAAAGGCUGUGAGUAAAGCUGUGAAAACAGCUGGAAGGACCAGCUGUCUAAAAGUGAAGGACAAGCGCGGCAGGAGGACGGACGAGGGUCCGGCCAGAGACAGUUUGUCCUCGGACUCUAACGAACUGAAACGCUGCGAUGAGAUCAGACGAAUCAAAGAGCUUCUGAAAGAGCAGGAAGCAGCUUUAGAGGAGAUGAGACACUGAAUGAGAGCUGAGACGAGCAAUCAACUAUUUUAAACUCUAAUUACAAAGUUAAUGGGUUUUAUUUUUAGCAUAAAACAUGUCACUACUUUUUGUGUUAGUCAGAGUAAACGAGGACCAACGCAAGUAAAGUUCUGGCUCUAGCUGACUAG